AUGAAACUGUGUAUUUUUCUCGGAUUUUUUGGCAGAAUCGAGAGUCGUUUUUGGAAAAGCGCUUCAGAAGAAGACCUAACUCGAGGUCAAAAAUACACUGGUCCUCCAACAGGGGGACCUGGCGAAUCACAAAACUUCGAAAAUCCAGUUGUUCCGGAUUUUAUCGCUUCUCUCGAUGACAAUUCACCAUCUGAAGACGAGGAGCUGCACUUUUACCCAGCGAAUUAUACUGGAGAGAAGUUUUAUACUGUCGUUUACAAGGAAAAUGGAGAAGUGCUGGACUAUCAGAACUUGAAAAUCGCCGAUGCGACUGUUUAUAUGAACACUCUUGCUCCAAAAUUAAGGAAAUCAGCCCAGAAAACCAUGCAAAAUUUUUCCGGCAUCUCAAAUUCCAUCGACUAUACCUUGCCCUGGUCUGAUGGAUGUUUCGGCCGCCUGCGCCCCCUCAAACCUGCUCGUGGAGAACCAAAAACUAAUCGAGAAGCGGCCUACAAAGCUUAUUCCAGCUGCCUCGAAUGCAUCCAAAAAGACUUUGGAAGUGAUAAACUCGCAUUUGUCCGAGGAAGAUACACUUUUUGCUACAACUUGACGAAGAAGGAGUUUUUCUGUCCGAAGCGGGAGAAGUUUGAAUCUGUUGAAAAAUGGGCACAGUGCGAGUGUGAUGUUCAGUUGGCGAAUGAUUUGGCGAAUGAAGAAGAGGAAUACAAACAGGAAGUAACUCCCCAACUGUCCGAUUGUUCCCGUCGAGCAGGUCCUCCUUCAACUGGAAGCUGGGGCGGCUUCGCUGAGCUCGAAAAACUCGAGUCUCCGAAAACAAUCAGCGCUAGAAAAACUUGCUGCGGGGAGUACCCUCGACGAUUUGUCUUCUUGGAGACAGAGAAAAGAAAAUGCUGUGCGGGAAAAAUUGUUAAUCGUGAAAAAUGCUGA